CAGCCCGCCUCUGCUGCGUAGGUGCCGGGUGAAGCCCUGUACUUGGGUUUCUUGUUCCGCCUGUGCAGCUAGGGGUGUAUUUCUGGAGGGAAAAGAGCAGGCCGAGGAAGAGGAGGACCCAGGACCGUGCCGCGGCGUGCCAGUCCCUCAGCUUCUGACACUAGGGCUGCUCGAUCCCCUGAGUGUUUUUCCUUGUCUCUCUCAGCUCGUGGUCCCUGGCCCAACAUGAUCUUGACUAAAGCCCAAUACGACGAGAUAGCCCAGUGCCUAGUGUCCGUACCGCCCACCAGGCAGAGCCUGAGGAAGCUGAAGCAGAGGUUCCCCAGUCAAUCGCAGGCCACUCUGCUGAGCAUCUUCUCCCAGGAGUACCAGAAGCAUAUUAAAAGAACACAUGCCAAACAUCAUACUUCGGAAGCAAUUGAAAGUUAUUACCAGAGGUAUCUGAAUGGAGUGCUGAAAAAUGGAGCUGCCCCAGUGCUCCUGGAGUUGGCCAAUGAGGUGGACUAUGCACCCUCGUUAAUGGCCCGAAUUAUAUUGGAGAGGUUUCUCCAAGAACAUGAAGAAACUCCACCAAGACUGAGCAAUAGUACUUUCAAAUGCAAACCUUCAAAGUCUAUUAUAAACAGUAUGCUACGGGACCCUUCUCAGAUUCCAGAUGGAGUUCUAGCAAAUCAGGUCUAUCAGUGCAUUGUGAACGACUGCUGUUAUGGACCACUGGUGGACUGCAUCAAACAUGCCAUUGGUCACGAGCAUGAAGUCCUACUGAGAGAUUUGCUUCUAGAGAAAAAUCUGUCUUUCCUAGACGAAGAUCAGCUCCGUGCAAAGGGUUAUGACAAAACACCAGACUUUAUUUUACAAGUACCAGUCGCUGUAGAAGGGCACAUAAUUCACUGGAUUGAAAGCAAAGCCUCAUUUGGUGAUGAAUGUAGCCACCACGCCUACCUGCAUGACCAGUUCUGGAGCUACUGGAAUAGAUUUGGACCAGGCUUGGUCAUCUAUUGGUAUGGAUUUAUCCAGGAGCUGGACUGCAACCGGGAGAGGGGUAUCCUGCUUAAAGCCUGUUUCCCCACGGACAUUGUCACCUUAGGCCACAGCAUCGCUUGACACUCAAGAUCCUAGAAGAGAAGCUGGGAGGAAGAGGCGAAUCCGGAAGCAAUUUGGCUUUCCUGCAGAAUAAACUCCUGGCAACAUCUGCCCUGAACUUCAGCUGAACUCUUGCUGCCCGUGGUCACACCACUACCUCUUUAGACAAACAUAUCAAGAGUUUCUGUUUUCCUUCAUCCCUUGCUGAUGUGAACAGCCAAGAACUACAGACACAACCCACUCAUUAUCAGCAUUUCUGUCUCUGAAACAGUUUAUAGAUAGUCAUAAUCUUCCUUCCUUCCGGAUGGUUUCUCCUUGUAUGCUAGACAAAAGGAAAAAUGUGGGGACGGAAAAGUGAUUUCUCGGUUCUCCCAGUUACCGAAUUGUCCUUUGUUUUUCCUAAGCCUCCAUUCACUUUCACCUUCCCCCUUCUCCUGUGCACUCACAUACUCAGUGUUGCAUUACCACCAGGGAGUAAUCUAACACAAGCCUAGAGAAGCUGAAGACAUGAAACCUGAAAGCAAAUGUUUGCUCUUGCCUGCAGGGCUCCGGGAGAGCAUACAAGGUAGCCUGCUCUGCCAGCUCCUUCUGUCCUUUGUCUUUCAUGGUUUCCUGACCUCAAAGCCCUGAAGCCAAGCUGCAAACAACAUAUUUGAUGGGUGUUCAAUAAGCAUUAUAAAAGGAAAUUCCCAACAAUCUACAUUUAUCUCAUUUAACAGUAUUAAUUACUGUGUCUGGAAGCCAUACUCUUAGAAUGCAGGCUGUGUGGAGAAGAGCAAGUGCGAAGCAAGCAUUAAGGAGAGGUCAUUUUCUAAACAGCAUGACUAGCUGUUCAUAUGUAACUGAGUAAACUUUACAAAAGCGUAUUCUGGGUCAGAAGCUUGGCAUCAUGGUUAGGAUGGCAUCUGGGGCUUCAGCAUACAUGUGAUCAAGGGGGGCAGCUCUGCCCCUGAACCCAGCCCCCCUGUUAGUGCCUAGCUCCUUUAGCCAUUUGGGUAGUGAACCAGCAGCUUGGAGAGAUCUCCUUUUCCUCUGAUUCUACUUUUCACAUUAUAAAAAUGGGCCGUGAAAUGCCUAAGCAAACACAGUACACCACUUAUAUCUGCAUUUUACAUCACAUAAUUACACAACACUCAAAUAACUUUGUUCAGCUUUGAAUUAAGUGUGCCAGAAAUAAGCCCAGAACAAUUUUAAAUAAGCAAAAUAUAGGGUUUCUUGUUUCCUUUUAUUCACUUUUAUAUACUACAGCCCAGACUCCAGUCUGAAGUAAAAGCACGAAUAAACAUUCUUUUGGAAACUGUAAAAAUCUGCACCAAAAGUGUAUUUAGGUAAACAUUUGCCCCAACCUGAAAAUACUUAAUGUUCAAUAAGUAACUUUGGGAAGACUUAAAUCUUUUUAAUUACAUAUAUUGCUUUGUUUCCUUUGAAAGACUUAAUACAGCAUUUAUGUUCUGCUUAUUUUGUCCCUAAGAUGGUCUGCAAAACUCAAUCACUUUUCCUUUUUGGAACACAGACUUAUCAGAUUAUUUUAACUCGAGUUGGCUGCAAUGAGGGAAAGAAGAUAAUGGGGAAGAUAUCCUAUUUCUUGAAUUCAGUAUAAAAUUCAUGUAGAUUUUGUGAAAUAUAACAACUCAAAUUUCCUGCACAAACACAUUAAAAUGCAGGUUUCAUAGCAUAUCCUAAAUGUUUUUCUUCUGGAAUAAAUUACACUUAUCUGUACAGAUGUUAAAUCCUGUUAAGCCCUUGUCAAGGUUUUGGUUAACGUAAAACAAAUUUAUGAUCAUGCACAAACUUAAGGAAUUUUUAAAGGUUCUUACAUUUUAUUUCCACCUGGUGCCCUGACAUGUGUAGCAAGGAAAUGGUGCUGCUCAGCGAAGGCACCCCCUCGUCUUUAUGCUUUUUUCACUUUGGCCUUUAAAAGUAAGAAAGAAGGCAACAGUAAAUUCUACACAAUGCAACAAGAUUAUGAGCAUUCAAAGGCAAAUUUCCCGCUAUACAAAAAUGAAUGUGAUUGUAAUAGCUACAACCAUAAUUGGGUGGGGUAUAAAACAGGGAAAGGGAGUAAGGUUCCCUGGAAACUUCAAGCCUCAUUGCUCCAAGUCUAUCUGGUAUUUGCUUGCUUGUUGGACAACAAAGUACAGGAUGACAACACUUUGUGGCAGUUAUCGUUAGAAUGCAUUGGUUAAAACUGACAUUUUGGGGCGCACUCUGCACACAAUGCUAAUGACUUGCCAGACUACAGGUUAGCUAUAGAAUGUAAAAUAAAGUUCCCCCUGUCACAUAGGUCUAUCAAGAAGCUGCUGUGCAACACUGAGGGACCCAUUUGAAGUAUGGAGAGGGACCAGCUCAGCACAGCUGAUCCAGGAUGCCACGUAACGUGACUUCAUGGAAUCCUUCCCAUUCACCCAUUCAUGCCAAUCAAAUUCUGCCUUCCAAGGAAGUACAUGUCAACUCUUCAGAACACUCCUAAAAUCACAUCUAGGACAAAAUAACCCUAGGUGUAUGUACCUGUUCAUCAGCAAGGUUUGAUUCCACUGUAGAAAAGAUAAAAUUGUUGGUCUUUGGGGAGUGUAUUAACACAUCAAGCCAGAACCCAGAUGAGGUAAUCUACUAAAUGGUCCCUGGUGGGCCACACUAAUUAACACACAGUGCCAAAGUGAACAGUUAAUCCAUGCACCUCUUGCUGGGUAGCUACACCCAUUUUUUCCUUU